AUGCUCACCACCCGCGGUGUUGUCGCCCGCCUCUCGAAGAGAGCGUUGAAGAACGCCAACAAAACAAACGCGUUCUUCUCUUCGUCCGCUCUCAUCCAACGGGUCGCCAUUCCUGCCAGCACCCCUUCCCGCUCGACUACAUCUCGUCCUCAUGCCUCAGCGUCUCCCCUUGCCUCCCGCACUUACGCAACUGAAGCCAAGGGUGCCGUUGGUUCCGUAAAAACCGUCAUUGGUGCCGUUGUCGAUGUCCAGUUUGAGACGGACAACCUCCCGCCGAUCCUUAACGCUCUUGAGGUUCAAAACUUUAGCGGCGGUCGCCUCGUCCUCGAGGUAGCCUCUCAUUUGGGUGAAAAUUCUGUCCGCACUAUUGCCAUGGAUGGUACCGAGGGUCUCGUCCGUGGAACAAAAGUGGUUGAUACCGGCUCCCCCAUCAUGGUUCCAGUUGGCACGGCUACGCUCGGACGUAUCAUGAACGUCAUUGGAGAACCCAUUGAUGAGCGUGGCCCUAUCAAGGGCGUCAAACUCUGCCCCAUUCACGCUGACCCUCCCCCCUUCGUCGACCAGUCGACGACUGCUGAGGUUUUGGAAACUGGUAUCAAGGUCGUUGAUCUCCUCGCUCCUUAUGCUCGUGGUGGAAAGAUUGGUCUGUUUGGAGGUGCCGGUGUAGGAAAGACUGUGUUGAUUCAGGAACUCAUCAACAACGUUGCCAAGGCCCAUGGUGGUUUCUCCAUCUUCUGCGGUGUCGGAGAACGUACUCGUGAGGGUAACGAUCUGUACCACGAAAUGAUUGAGACCGGUGUCAUCAACCUCGAAGGUGACUCCAAGGUCGCUCUCGUCUUCGGUCAGAUGAACGAGCCCCCCGGUGCCCGUGCUCGUGUCGCUCUCACUGGUCUGACAAUCGCGGAAUACUUCCGUGAUGAAGAGGGUCAAGAUGUGUUGCUUUUCAUCGACAACAUUUUCCGUUUCACCCAAGCUGGUUCUGAAGUGUCUGCCCUUUUGGGUCGUAUUCCCUCUGCUGUCGGUUACCAACCCACCCUCUCGACUGAUAUGGGUGGCAUGCAAGAGCGUAUUACAACUACCAAGAAGGGUUCCAUUACCUCGGUGCAAGCUGUCUACGUGCCCGCUGAUGAUUUGACCGAUCCCGCCCCCGCCACUACCUUUGCUCAUUUGGACGCCACCACUGUGUUGUCUCGUGGUAUUGCCGAACUUGGUAUCUACCCCGCUGUCGAUCCUCUUGACUCAAAAUCCCGUAUGUUGGACCCCCGUAUUGUUGGACAAGAGCAUUACGAUGUUGCGACUGCUGUCCAGAAGAUCCUCCAGGACUACAAGUCCCUCCAGGAUAUCAUUGCUAUUCUUGGAAUGGACGAGUUGUCUGAAGAAGAUAAGCUGACUGUCGAGCGUGCUCGUAAGAUUCAGCGUUUCAUGUCCCAACCCUUCCAAGUCGCACAGGUCUUCACUGGUUACGAGGGCAAGCUUGUGCCGCUAAAGGACACCGUUCGCUCAUUCAAGGAGAUUCUCUCUGGACAACACGAUUCGCUUCCCGAGUCUGCAUUCUACAUGGCCGGGACAAUUGAAGACGUCAAGGCCAAGGCUGAGCAAUUGGCCAAGGACAUGGGCAACUAAAAUCGUACUUAUGUUUUGUAGAGUUUUUCUGUCGAGAAAAAGUUAAUAUAGUGAGUAUAGACUGCC